UUUAUUUUUUUUCAGUGGACGUUUUCAGUGGUUACAACGUAACUUCUGCCUGUCUGCAACUUACAUUUUCAUGUCUCACUUCAGCUCCAGACCAAUUGGUGGCGCAACAUUGUGUGCUGUAAUUAAAUUCCCAUAAACAAUUUCUUCGUUCACAGGAAAAUAUGGCGCCUACGGUACAAUUCACUGUACCGGACGCCAUGUAUUGCAGUUAAUUGUUUUGUAUCUUUCACUUAGCCAUGUACCUUUGUGGAUUAUAUUUUUCUUUGUGAUUGGGAUGGCACUUUAAUAGACCUUUGUUACUAAAAUUCUUCACUAAUAAUAUCAGAGUUAACUGCCCCCUGCGUCACGAGAGCUACCCACGUUAGCUAGAUAGCUAACUUUACGUUAGUCUGUAAGCGACCAGAAAAGGAAACUUCCAAGAUGGCCUCAGGUAGCCACAGACCUGAGCUGAGGUCCGGUACAGCAUCCCGUUCUGUCAGUGGAGAGGAGGACAUUGCUAUAGAUAUGACCACCAGUGAAAAGGUUGUGGAUCUUCUGAACCAAGCUGCUCUGAGAACUACAGAAAAUAAACUCGUAGACCUGAAACAGGUCCAGGAACUUAUCAUAAAUAAGGAUCCCUCACUGCUUGACAACUUUCUUGAUGAGAUAAUAGCGUUUCAGACAGAUAAAUCUAUGGAAGUACGGAAAUUUGUCAUUGGCUUCAUAGAAGAAGCAUGCAAAAGGGACAAUGAGCUUCUGUUGAAGCUUAUAGCCAAUCUGAAUAUGCUACUGAAAGAUGAAAGUGUGAACGUACAGAAGAAAGCCAUUCUUACACUUACUCAACUUUAUAAAGUGGCUCUUCAGUGGCUGAUGCGGUCCAAGGUGGUGUCAGAAAUGCAGGAGGCCUGUUGGGACAUGGUCACUCAGAUGAAGGAAGAUAUUCUAGCGAUGCUGGACUCCGACAACGAUGGAAUACGAACCCAUGCCAUCAAACUCACAGAGUCAGUGAUUAUCGCCCUGUCACCACGAACACCAGACUCUGACGUCCCCAAGAAACAAGAAGGAGAUAUCAGCCUGGACAAAAUCCCUCGAGACCAUUCUUACAUUCGCUAUGAUACUCUUUGCGAGGAAGGCAAGGCAGCGCUGGAUAAGCUGCUGAAGUUCAUGGUCCACCCUGCGAUCUCCAGCAUCAACCUGACCACUGCUCUGGGCACUCUGGCCACCCUGGCGCGGCAGCGGCCCAUGGUCAUGUCCGAGGUGGUGCAGGCGUACGAGACUCUGCACGCUAACUUGCCCCCAACUCUGGCCAAGUCCCAGGUGAGUAGUGUCCGUAAGAACCUGAAGCUCCACCUGGUGGCCGUGCUCCGUCACCCCUCCAGCCUGGAGUUCCUGGCCCAGAUCAGCACGCUGCUGCUGGACCUGGGAAUGAACCAGAACGAAAUCAACCGCUGCACGCCCGCCCCUCGAGACCAGCGCAAGAGACCCCAUAUGGAAGCCUUCGCCGAGGGCAAGAAGAAGAUCAAGAUGGAGCCCACGCUGAUCGAGGAUGAUGAGGAUAAAGAGGAGCCUGCCCCAGCCCUCGCUCCCAAGCCUGUUGCCACGCCGGCAAACCAGUCUGCCAUCGAUGUCACCGCAGACUUCCUGUUUCCCCUGCUCUCUCCAGAAAAUGUUGCCAAUCUGGUGCUGAUCAGCAUGGUGUACCUGCCCAACGUCAUGCCAGCCUCCUUCCAGGCCACAUACACUCCCGUCGAGUCCGCAGGCACAGAUGCUCAGAUCCAACAUCUGGCCAGACUGAUGGCCACGCAGAUUACAGCCGCAGGAAUCGGACCAGGCGUGGAGCAGCUCAAGGCUCGGGAGGAGGAGCAGCAGCAGCCUGGAAAGGAGGCUGGGCCGGGUGAGGGGCCGUCAGAGGAGCUGGCCAGUGGGAAAGACCUCAUCAUCAAGCGCAAAGUGUCCCUCGUGUCCCACGGUCAGGCCAUCUCAGUGCUCGGGGGCUACGCAGGGAAGAUCCCCGCCAAGGCUGAGGAUGUUCCCCAGGCCAAGACACUACCACAGCCCAUUGUGCUCUCUGCCCUGGCCAAGACAGCCAGCUCCAGUGGGCGUAAGAAAGUGUUCCGAUUGGCUGACGUGGUUCAGCCCUUGACUGAGCUCCAGAUGACAAAGUUGACCAACUUGUCGGUCCAGCGCAUUCUCAAGUCGGAGAAAGCCAUCGCACGCAGUGGAAUGGCCCAUGUGCGAGUGAAGUUGCUAGCCCGUUUGGCGACCCAGUUUGAAGGGGCGAUGAAGCGGGACAUGCUCACGUUCAUCCUGGAUGACAUCCGGAGCAGGAGCGACCUGGCCUUUGCUCUCCUGUAUCAGGAGUACAACAUCUACCUGGGCCAGCAGGCGGGCGCCUCUCUGGACAACUACGAGUACUGCCUGUUCACCCUGCUGUCAGGACUGCAGGAGAAACCAGAGCAGAGAGAUGGACUGUUCACUAAGCUGGUACUGGAAGCGCCCCUCAUCACGGAAUCUGCGCUGGACGUGAUUCGGCGGUACUGUGAGGAUGAGACUCGGGUGUACCUGGGUAUGACCACCCUGAAGGAACUCAUCUUGAAGCGCCCCUCCAGGCAGUUCCAGUACCUGCACGUGUUACUGGACCUCAGCUCGCAUGAGAAGGAAACGGUGCGGUCCAAUGCCCUGUCCUUUAUCAAGCGCAUGUAUGACAAGGACCAGCUGAGGGAUUACAUUGAGAGGUUUGCACUGAACUACAUGCAGCUACUGGUUCACCCCAACCCACCCUCCAUGUUCUUCGGAGCAGACAAGGACAUAGAGGUGGCGUCCCCCUGGACAGAGGAGACGGUCAUGCAGUGUCUCUACCUGUAUCUGGCCCUGCUGCCCCUCAACCACAAGCUGGUGCACGAGCUGGCUGCCGUCUACACCGAGGCAAUAGCAGACAUCAAGCGGAGCGUUUUGCGAGUGAUAGAGCAGCCUAUUCGAGGAAUGGGAAUGAACUCUCCUGAACUGCUGCUGUUGGUGGAAACCUGUCCAAAGGGGGCGGAGACUCUGGUCACCCGCUGCCUAAACAUACUCACUGAAAAAGUGUCACCGUCUCCAGAGCUGGUGGAGAGAGUGAGGGACCUCUAUCACAAACGAGUGGCAGACAUCCGCUUCUUGAUACCCGUCAUCAAUGGACUUGAAAAGACGGAGGUUAUUCAGGCCCUGCCUAAACUCAUCAAACUCAACCCCACUGUGGUGAAGGAGGUCUUCAACCGUCUCCUUUGUGCACAGCACAGUGAAGGUGGAUCCUCAGUGUCUCCAGUCACGCCUAGUGAGCUCCUCAUUGCCCUGCACAACAUCGAUUCAACUAAGUGUGACAUGAAGUCCAUCAUCAAAGCCACAAACCUGUGCUUUGCGGAGAAGAACGUGUACACGUCGGAGGUGCUGGCUGUGGUCAUGCAGCAGCUGAUGGACCAGAGCCCUCUGCCCAUGCUGCUCAUGCGCACCGUCCUGCAGUCCCUCACCAUGUACCCACGGCUGGGCGGCUUCGUCAUGAACAUCCUGUCCCGCCUCAUCACCAAGAAGGUGUGGAAGUACCCGCGGGUGUGGGAGGGCUUUGUGCGGUGUUGCCAGCGUACCAAACCGCAGUCGUUCAGCGUGCUCCUGCAGCUGCCCGCGCCCCAGCUCAGCAGCAUGUUCGAGCGCUGCCCUGAGAUGAGGGAGCCUCUGCUGCAGCACGUGCACUCCUUAACGCCACACCAGCAAGCUCACAUACCAGCUUCAAUAAUGACUGUUCUAGAAGCCGGCAGCAAAGAACCGGAACCCGAACCCGAACCGGAACCUGUAGAACCUAUGGAGGACCAAGAUGUACAUACACAACCUGCCCCCAUCAAAGUGGAACAACCAGAAGAAGCCCCCGUGGUGGUGCAGAUGCCAGAGCCUGUCCUUCCUCAGUACCCCCCUCCAAACACAGAGGAGGCAGAGCCACAGAUGCAGACCACCACCUCAGCCUUUUCUCCCCAGGAAGAACCCGCAGAGCCCAUCCCACAGCAGGAGGAGGUCACGGAGCAGGAACAGUGCGCCUCCCCAUUACCUGCAGAACAGGAAGCAGAACAUCCAACUGAGGAAGCACUUCCAGAGCAUUCAGAUGAGGCCGAGCAACCAAACGAAUCAUCUGAGGAAAACGUCAUGGAAACAGAUACUGGCGCUGUCGAUGAAUGAUUAUUAUAAUUUUUUUUAAUGUUGGUCAUCAUCUUCAAAUGCAGAAAUAGUUUUUUUGUUCAUACAUUGAAUUUAUUGUGAAACACUGAAAAUUAAAAAAUAAUUUACAA